AUGGCUUCAGUAGUGGAAUUAAGCAAAUCAAUGGUAGAGAAUAUGAAGAAAGCUUUGCUUCUAUUAAAUGAAAAUAAAAAUCAAGGUGGUUUGGAAAAAUGGAUUAAGAAAUGCACAGUGAAUAUUCGACAAUUGAAUAAACAUUUAAAAAAAUGUGAUUGUGUUGGUACAAAACGACAUUUGCAAACAAGUAUUGGUGAAAUGAUUGGUUUUCGGGUAAUGAUGAAGGCAAUGCUACAUCAAGGUGGUAAUAUAAAACAUAAUAUAAAACGUAAUAUAAAACGUAAUAUAAAACGUAUUCAAUGGAAGAAUAUGGAGUCCGCGUUUGAUAGUCGAAUUAAGACUGGUAUAAUUAUUAAUUUGACGCACAAAGACCCAAAAUUAUUUUUGGACGGUGCACUGUGUAUGUUUAUACGACAAAUCCGGAAUGUUUUAAAGGAUUUCAAUCAAAUCAAAGUAAAUUCAACAUUUUGCGGUGAAUUUGUAAAGCUACAGAAUGAUGAUGAAGUUUACGAAUUCAAAUAUUUUAAUAGUAAGAAUCAAAUUAUUGAUCGAAUUUCAAAUUUAACGGAAUGGUAUCAGGAAAACAUACAAAAACCAAUUUUAGUACAGCUAGAAGAAUUUCAAGAACGUGACAGUGGUUGGGCCUUAAAUGCAGUAGUAAACUUAAUGAUUAAUAUUAACAAAUAUGAAUCGUUCAGAGGUUCAUCAUAUAUUGAUUUACCUCAACAAAUAAAAUCCAAAAACGCUUGCAUAAACGUUAAAAAUAAUGAUGAUGCUUGCUUUGCAUGGGCGGUUACAUCAGCUUUACACCAAGCUUCAGAGCAUUCUGAUAGAAUGUCUUCUUAUCCACAUUAUUCGCGGGUGUUAAAUUUAAAUGGUAUAAACUUUCCGAUGGAACUAAAACAAAUACCAAAAUUUGAAAAACUGAACGAUAUAAGCAUAAAUGUGUUUGUUUUAAAAUUAAAAAAAUCUAUGUACAGUGUUGUGCCAACUUUGUUAACAAAUAAUAAAAGAAAUAGACAUGUAAAUUUACUUAUGGUUCAAGAUGUGUAUUUUGAUGAAGAAGAUGAUGAUGAAGAAAAUAAUAAUGAUGAGAAUAUUGAUAUCAAAUACCAUUAUUGUUGGAUUAAAAAUUUUUCACGACUUGUAUCAAAUCAAUUGAAUAAAGAUGGCCAUAAAAAUAAUAAGGAACGAGUACCGUUUAUUAUCUAUGCCGAUUUUGAAUGUUUAUUGAAACCACUUGCUCCAGAAAAUAAUAAAAAAUCACAACGUUAUCAACAACAUGAAGCAUAUAGUGUAGGUUAUUAUUUUUGUUGUUCAUAUGAUGAUACUCUUAGUUAUUAUAAUUCGUAUAGAGGAGUCAAUCCCGAACUAUGGUUUGUAGAUGAAUUGAAGGAAAUAGCUGAAAAAGUUGAAGAUAUAUAUGCAAAUCCUGUACCUAUGAAUGAGCUUAGUGACAUUGAAAAACAACAAUUUCGGCAAGCUUCUGUGUGCCAUAUUUGUGAAAAAGCUUUGGGUAAUGAUCGUGUACGAGACCAUGAUCACUUAACGGGAAAGUUUCGUUCUGCCGCACUUAGCGAGUGUAAUUUAAAUUACCAAAAUUCACGGACAGUUCCUGUUGUGUUCCAUAAUUUGAGUGGCUACGAUGCACAUUUUGUAAUUAUGGAAUUGGCUACAGCGUUUGAAGGCAGAGUUGAUUUAUUACCUAUAAAUAAAGAAAAAUAUAUAUCAUUCACCAAAAACAUUGUUGGUAGUGAUGUAAAAUUUAAAUUUGUUGAUUCAUUCCGAUUUAUGGCAUCAUCAUUGGAAAAGUUAGCAUCAUAUUUACCAGAAUGUAAGAUAUUAUACAAAAAUUGUUUUGAUGGGGAUGUUCAAAAGUACAAUUUGUUAACUAGAAAGGGGGUGUUUCCGUAUGACUAUGUUGACGGUUGGAAUAAAUUAGAAGAUCGGCAUUUACCACCUAUCAGAGCAUUUUACAGCAAGUUGAACGAUUCAAACAUUUCACAAAACGAUUAUGAGCAUGCAAAAAAUAUUUGGAAAAAAUUCAAAAUUCAAACUUUAGGUGAAUAUUCGGACCUGUAUUUGAAAACAGAUGUAUUACUUCUAGCAGACAUUUUUGAAAAUUUUCGUGAUACUUCUGUUAAGACAUACAAUUUAGAUCCUGCGCACUAUUGUACCACACCGGGAUUUACAUGGGAUGCAAUGUUAAAAUACACACAAAUUCAACUGGAAUUGUUAACUGAUAUUGAUAUGUUGAUGUUUGUGGAGCGGGGGAUCAGGGGAGGAAUAAGCCAGUGCUGCAAUCGCUAUGCGAAAGCAAACAAUAAAUAUAUGUCUGAUUAUAAUGAACUUGAAGAAUCCAUAUUCAUAAUGUAUUAUGACGUUAACAAUUUGUAUGGUUGGGCCAUGUCGCAAUAUUUGCCGACUGGGGGAUUUAAAUGGUACACUGACACAUCACUGAACGUGCAACGGAUACCUGAUGAAUGCUCAGAAGGUUUUAUACUGGAAGUGGACUUAGCGUACCCUCAGCAUCUUCAUGAUCAACAUAAUGAUCUUCCAUUAUGUUCGACACAUGAAAAGCCACCAGGUUCAAAACAAAAAAAGUUACUUACAACACUUCAUGACAAAGAAAAAUACAUAAUUCACUACAGGAAUUUGAAACAGUGUCUCAAGCUUGGAAUGAAAUUGAAGAAAGUGCAUCGUAUUUUGAAAUUUAAUCAAUCUCCUUGGCUAAAACACUACAUUGACUUAAAUACUCAAAUGCGUGCCAAGGCAACAAACGAGUUAAGCUAA